UGUAAAAAAUACGUCAAAAUCAAAUUUUCGGAAAUAGCGAAUUCGAGCACCCACACUAUACCAGUUUGGUGUACAUUAAAGCUGUUACACAUGAAGUAAUUAUUUUAAUAAAAAAUCAUAUAAGCAUUUCGAAUGAUAAAAUAUAACGACAAUUCAUUGUCAUGUUAUUUAGUAAAAUUUACAUAAAUUAUUUCAUCGUCAAAGUGUUCAUAUUACUCUAUUGUAUUUGGAUUCUUUUAUGUGCAACGACCUUUAAUAUGCACUAAUCUAGUGUAGUGUAAGUAAUCGAAUUCGUUAUAAGAUGCUGAAUUCUGUCAUAUAUGCUUAUAAUAAUGUCAAAUAUAUCGUAUACUUAUUGUUGGAUCUAGUUAAUGCACAAUGUGAAGGUUAUCCUAGAGGGUAGCAGAUAUUGCCCUCAUUGGCUUGGCAGUUAUGGGGCAAAAUUUGAUUUUAAACAUGAAUGACCACGGAUUUGUCGUAUGUGCGUACAACCGUACGAAAGACAAAAUCAAGUCCUUUCUUGAGAAUGAAGCCAAGGGUACAAAAGUUGUUGGUGCAAAUAGCCUGGAAGACAUGGUCAGUAAAUUGAAGAGUCCAAGAAGAGUAAUGUUAUUAAUUAAAGCUGGUGACGCUGUGGAUGAAUUUAUCAAACUAUUAGUGCCUCUUCUCUCUCCCGGAGACAUUAUCAUUGACGGUGGUAACUCAGCUUAUCAAGAUAGCGAGAGACGCGCCAGAGACCUCGAGAAGAAAGAGAUUCUCUUUGUGGGCAGUGGAGUUAGCGGUGGAGAGGAUGGCGCCAGAUAUGGGCCGUCCUUAAUGCCUGGUGGUAAUCUUAAAGCUUGGCCGCACAUUAAACCUAUCUUCCAAUCGAUAUGCGCGAAAUCCAACGGAGAGCCCUGCUGCGAUUGGGUCGGAGAGUACGGUGCUGGACACUUCGUCAAGAUGGUGCACAACGGGAUCGAAUACGGCGACAUGCAGAUCAUCUGCGAGGUGUAUCAUCUGAUGAGAAACGGCCUAAAGCUCUCGCAGGAUGAGAUGAGUGCUGUUUUCGAUGAUUGGAAUAAAGGCGAGCUGGACUCCUUUCUGAUCGAGAUCACGAGGGACAUACUGAAGUACAAGGACGAGAAAGGUUACCUGCUGGAACGGAUCAGGGACACGGCGGGUCAGAAGGGCACGGGCAAAUGGACGGCCAUCGCCGCGUUGGAUUACGGAAUGCCGGUCACUCUGAUCGGUGAAUCGGUGUUCUCCAGGUACCUGUCAACGCUGAAGAGCGAACGCGAGUUGGCGAGCACGAUAUUAACCGGCCCGGACGAGACGUUCAAAGGCGACAAGAAGCAGUUCCUCAGUCACUUGAGAAAGGCUCUGUAUGCCGCGAAAAUCAUCUCGUACGCACAGGGCUUCAUGCUGCUUAGAGAGACCGCCAAGCUCUACAAGUGGAAUUUGAAUUACGGUUCGAUAGCCCUGAUGUGGCGGGGCGGAUGUAUCAUAAGAAGUGCGUUCCUGGGUAAUAUAAAAGCGGCAUUCGACAAAAAUCCAAAAUUAUCCAACCUAUUAUUGGACGACUUCUUCGCCAAGGCUAUGAAAGAGUGCCACCAGAGCGCGAGAGUGGUCGUCUCUACGGCCGUGACACUUGGCAUACCGACCCCCGCUCUAUCGACUGCUCUGGCUUUCUAUGAUGGCUAUAGGACCGCUCGAUUACCGGCAAAUUUACUGCAGGCUCAACGAGAUUACUUCGGCGCUCAUACUUAUGAGCUGCUCGGCCAAGAGGGCAAGUUCGUUCACACGAAUUGGACCGGGCACGGCGGUAAAGUGUCGGCUUCCACGUACGAAGCAUGAACUCGACCCAUCACGAUCUUCGGCGCUAGCGUUUCCGCCACAAAUGUACAACGGUGCGGGGAAAUUAUGUGAAUAAGUUCGAUAGUUACGUAACUGUAAUACAACUCGAUAUGCGUCUCUUUUCUAUGCUGAAAAGUACAAAAUAUUACAAACCUAUACGAAAAAAGAAAA